CACGGGGGGGCGUCCGGCUGGCUGCAGCCCGAGCGCAGGGUGAGCGAACGUCGUACUACAGAUAGACGCGGCGGGGAGGCGCGCAGCACUCGGCUCAGCUCGCCAGCGAAGCUCGGCUCUGCGGACCCGGCGGCCACCUGCUACCGGCCAGCGGCGAAUCUCCUGGGCAGACACUACGGGCGCCACAGUCGCCGAGCGAUAAGGAUAGUGCUUCGGAGGCGGUGUCACACGGCAGCGGGAUAAGACAUGGCUACCACGACCUGUACGCGCUUCACGGACGAGUACCAGCUGUACGAGGAGCUCGGAAAGGGGGCGUUUUCAGUCGUGCGCCGAUGUGUCAAGCUGUGCGUAGGCCAAGAAUACGCUGCCAAAAUAAUCAACACGAAAAAGCUCUCCGCAAGAGAUCACCAGAAGCUAGAGCGUGAGGCUCGUAUUUGCCGGCUGCUGAAGCAUCCCAACAUCGUUCGUCUCCAUGACAGCAUAUCAGAAGAAGGCUUCCACUACCUCAUCUUUGACCUGGUGACAGGAGGGGAGCUGUUUGAGGACAUUGUGGCCAGAGAGUACUACAGCGAGGCGGAUGCCAGUCAUUGCAUCCAGCAGAUCCUGGAGGCGGUGCUUCACUGCCAUCAAAUGGGCGUGGUGCACCGAGACCUAAAGCCGGAAAACCUGCUUCUGGCAAGCAAGUGCAAGAAUGCUGCCGUGAAGCUGGCCGACUUCGGACUGGCCAUCGAGGUGCAGGGGGACCAGCAGGCCUGGUUUGGCUUUGCUGGAACGCCGGGGUACCUGUCCCCUGAGGUGCUGAGGAAGGAGGCCUACGGCAAGCCUGUGGACAUCUGGGCAUGUGGUGUGAUCCUGUACAUCCUGCUGGUGGGGUAUCCUCCAUUCUGGGAUGAGGACCAGCACAAGCUGUACCAGCAGAUCAAAGCGGGAGCUUAUGACUUCCCCUCUCCAGAGUGGGACACGGUCACACCUGAGGCGAAGAACCUGAUCAACCAGAUGCUGACCAUCAACCCGGCCAAGAGGAUCACUGCCCAGGAGGCUCUGAAGCACCCCUGGGUCUGCCAACGCUCUACAGUGGCUUCGAUGAUGCACAGACAAGAGACUGUGGAGUGCCUUAAGAAGUUCAACGCCAGGAGGAAGCUCAAGGGAGCCAUCCUCACCACCAUGCUGGUCUCGCGAAACUUCUCUGCAGCCAAGAGUUUGCUGAACAAGAAAGCAGACAUCAAGCCGCAGUCAAACAGCACGAAAAACAGCACGGUCACCAGCCCCAAAGGAAACGUCCCUUCUCCCGCUCUGGAAGCUCAGACCACUGUUAUCCAUAAGCCAGUGGAUGGGACCAAGAAAAGUCUAGAAAAUACCACAGUGCCUGAGGAGUCUGAGCGAGCACGCAAGCAGGAGAUCAUCAAGAUCACCGAGCAGCUGAUCGAGGCUGUCAACAAUGGGGACUUUGAGGCAUAUGCGAAGAUCUGUGACCCUGGAUUGACCUCCUUCGAACCCGAAGCCCUGGGGAACUUGGUGGAGGGGAUGGACUUCCACAGAUUCUACUUUGAGAACCUGCUCUCCAAGAACAGCAAGCCCAUCCACACGACCAUCCUGAACCCGCACGUGCACCUGAUCGGCGAGGACGCGGCCUGCAUCGCCUACAUCCGCCUGACGCAGUUCGUGGACGGUCAGGGACGCCCGCGCAGCAGCCAGUCGGAGGAGACGCGCGUGUGGCACCGGCGCGACGCCAAGUGGCAGAACGUGCAUUUCCACUGCUCGGGGGCCCCGGCGGCACCGCUCCAGUGAAGGAGCGAUACUGUAGCCCCUCUGGAGGAGAGUGCCCGACUGGGGGGGAGGGAGCGAGGAAGACCGCCAGCCAAGGAGGGACCAGGCCUCCCACGCUGGGCACCCGUCCUCACACGCAUGCACACAUCCCUGUAGCUACCACCUGGCCGCCCCGCCCUGCCCCCCAUCGCCCCGCCCCCCAUCUCAUGCCCUGCUGCCAGCAGCUCACACUCCCCUACAUGGUGCCACUCGCUAGGGCAGUAGCAUUUCCAGGUAGCAUUAGAUGGGGGGGCAGUUCCGCGAUGCUCCCCCGUGACUCUGGCUUCCUGCACAGCACCUGCAGCAGCAGCAGCGCAGUCUCAGCAACCCUCGUCUCAUUUUAAAGGGGAUCCUCUCCUUAUUUUCAUCAUUAUUAAUAUAAUCACUAUUAUUACAAUAACCACAGUUAACAUUCUGGUUGCUGCACAUGUACUUUGUACGAUUCACACUCUCGAUGCCAGUGGUUCCCACACUUCACGGUGACCUCUCUCUCUCUCUCUCUCUCUCUCACACACACACACACACACACGAUUUUUGAGAAAGCAUGAUUUUUUCAGUAUCACAGUGGCUGUUUUCUAUUGUGCUUUUGAAACAGACAGGCUGCCCCUUGGCCGUUUUGUAUACGCUUGCGUCCCCCGCGGAGAGCCUCCAGCGGCCCGGCGUUUGGGUGAGGCAGCCGGUCCGAGGCUCUGCAGCCCCGUGGACGAUCUGCUGAUGGCUCUCGCUUGGCCCAAUUGCUGUACAUCCUUCCCCCGUGUCACAUGAUCUGGAGGCGGCGCUCCUCUGGCUGCUAAUCCCCUCGCCGCGAGUGUAAACGCAGCAUCUCCGGGCCGGAUUUGUGCCCCGCAGCGGCUUGCAUGCGUCGCAGUUAAAGAGCCAUAGCAUUAGAGGGAGCCUUUCCGCUGGCUCGCGUCUUGGUUAAUGCGGGAGGAAAGGGGAACCUGUAGAUAUCUGUGAAAUCUACCCUCGCUCGCUCUGAGUCGCGUUUACGAAGUCCUCGCUGUUGGCAUCGCUUCUUUUGUUGUGAAUGCUGUUGUCCCCGGGCCAGACGUGGCAAAAGGAAGGCGGCUGGUGCAGACAGCUGUCCAGCAUUCGGGCACUACAGCGCCCCCCAGAGUACUUGGGAAUAAGCCUGCAGAGUGGGUGUGCUAAGCUCAGGGUCAGAGGUCACGCCCAGUGUAGCAUGCACCAGGCUGGAAAAGGCCCUCCCUGAGCUUACACUGCUUUUGGAUCAAUGUCUUGCGUCCGUCCUCCCCCAGCUCCUCGUGCCAGUGCCACUGCUGGCCCCCAGGAGCACCUCCACACACUUCUGCACGCUCCUCGCACAUAUAUGUAGCAGAACGGAGGCUGUCAAUGAAUUAGGCUGCGUGCAUCAGCAUGGGUGGAGGGCACAGUGGGGGCUGUGAGCUGGAGCCUGGAGAGAGUGCUGCUUGGCCCUUUGCCAGUGUUAUACUCUUAUUUAUUUAGCUGAACUCAUCUGCUCUACCUCCGUGUUUUACUGUACAGCCAGCGUGUCGUCGUCUGCUCCUGCUCUAGCUGCCUGAUUGUUGUUUUGUUGUUUUUUUGGUUCUUUUUUGAUGGCCUGCAUACAGAUAUGAGGCUGGGACACUGUCAGGAGACCUGCCCCCGCUCACGAAGCGGCAUAUGAACAUGAGGGAGGGGCUUUGUGUUCGGACCUUUGUUCCCGCUCUCCCCCCCAUUUUCCACUGGGAUGUGAUGUCACAUGGUUUAACCCGCCCCGCCCACUUGAUCUGGAUGUGUUCCCUCAGUAAAGAGAAACAGCAAACUGAACAUGUGACGCCUUCCAAACCGGGGGCGACCGCAGCAUGUUAACUGUCCUGUUUUGUGUUGCUUUCACUGUGUUAAUCAUGGAAAAAAAAAAACUAUUAAAUGCAAAAUUACGGUUAACUUGUUUAAUUGGAUGCCGUUUCUCUGCAUGACGUUCGGUGGGACGCUGGAUUUGUUUUUUUUUUACUGAAUGCUGGUAAACUUAAUCUUUAUCUAUUUUCUUUGUAAGUGCAUAAGACUAUUUCGUUCUCAAAAUGACAACGACGAUGACGAUGGUGGUAACGACGAUGAAGAAUGCAAUGAUGACGGUGUAAUAACAGUUGUACAGCAUGCUUUUGUACAGGCCUGGCAGACAGGGUGGCACCGCAUGGGUUAGACAGACAGACAGACAGACAGACAUACACAUUAGAGAAUGGAUGCCUAUGAUUUCAGCCCCCUCCAAUCUGUGCGCAUCACAUUUGGCAAGAACACCCCCUAACUGUUGGCCGCAAAAACAAUCUACCAGAUAGCAGUUUCUCAUAAUAUUGAACUAAAUUAUCAGCACUUGGAAAGAUUAAGAAUUAAUUUAAAAAAAUUUUCUGGAAUAAUCUGUUUAUGGUUAAGUAUAUUGUUUUCUAGCUUAUGAAAAUCGCAGUAUUUAAGCAUGGAAGUAACAGUAUGAUUUUGUUGUUUGGGUUCUCUUAAAGGGAUAUUAUAAAACUUUAUUUCUAAUAUUAAAGCAUGCCGCUCGAUGAAGGAACUUUUACUACUUUUUUUCAUUGGUUAUGGCUGGUUUAGUGUCUCAGAUGAAUCUUUGUGGUUGCAGGAGAGGCUUUUUGGUGACACUGUAAAGAUAGAAUGGACCGUUUGUGCGGCGCUACGGACAAUGAGCGAAGGUGGUUCUCCAGAUGUGGUGUGUAGAUUGGGGUGCCAUGGCCCUUUUCGCAGUGAGCCCUCCUGCCAUGACGGCCCUGAGCUAACCCGUUGUGAUGUUUCUGUCAUACUUUCCCCUUUUUUAAUCGUAUAUAGUCUUUCUCUCACCUUGAACCUUCGUGUUUCUGUUCCUGUCAGUUGAAGGUUCCUAGUGAGCAUUAUAUCCUAUAUUUCACUGAGUCCUCUGAUGACUGCUCUGUUGUCCAAUGUGAUCACUGUAUUCUCUAACUUAAGGAAAUGUAUUAUGAUGUUAUCAAUAAAAAACGAGUAAAACACA